AUGGCGUUGAAUCUUGAGAAGCAACUGCUCUUCUAUGGCUCCUACCACCAUGACCCAAUCAACAUUGCGAUUCACAUAACCUGUGUCCCGCUACUGCUGCUGACGGGCUUCCUCUUCGGCACAAACAGCCCAUCGCUACCUAUGCCAGAGUGGCUUCCGAAUCCCUACCUGCCACUUAAUCUUGGCACCCUGGCUUGUGUCCUCUAUUCAUCACUUUACAUCCUGAUGGAGCCGGUCGCCGGAGGAAUGCUAGCACCGUUGCUCCUCGGCGCCACUGCCUACGCCAACCACUUGAAUUCAGAGUACGGCAUGAAAGCCAACUACAUCGCGAUCGGCGUGCACGUCUUCUCAUGGCUGACUCAGUUCGUUGGACAUGGUGUCUUUGAAGGACGGGCUCCAGCAUUACUAGACAACCUUGUCCAGGCUAUCUUUCUGGCUCCAUUCUUCGUCUGGCUGGAGAUCCUCUUCGCGUUCGGCUACAGACCGGAGCUCAAGUCUCGUUUGGACUCUGCGGUGCAGAAAGAAGUCGCAAAGUUCAAGGCUGAGAAGGAGUCAAAACGAGCAAAUGGCCACUCCAAGGCGAAUGGAGUGCCGAAUGGAAAGGCGAACUGA